AUGGGCCAACAUUUUUUAUCUGGUAUAAUCACACAAGACUUGCAUAAUCACACUGUUUCCACUGUUACUUUCAAGCAUUAUAAGGUAUCCGUGAUGCUAUUUCGUUCGUUGUACUUAGUAGACGUUGAUAAGGAAACAAUUGGCAGAGUUCUGAAAUUGAAUUCUGUAAGGAAUGGAAAUCUAUGGAAAGAAAUUGAUGUUUUGAUAUUCAACACUUGGCAUAGGUGGCACCGUAGAGGACUGAAGCAACAAUGGGAUUAUGUGCAAUUUGAUGGGAAGAUUCGUAAGGACAUUGAUCGCACGGUUGCUUUUCGUACAGCUUUGAGAACAUGGGCUAAAUGGGUUGAUUCAGAUGUGGAUACCAAUAGGACUAAAGUUAUAUUUCAAGGAAUUUCCCCUUCUCACUACAAUGGCAUAGAUUGGAAUGAGCCAGGAGUAAGGAAUUGUUCAAGGCAGACGACACCAUUCAAGGGAUCGAUUUAUCCAACUGGUUUGCCUCUGGCAGAGUACGUAGUUAAAGAGGUAAUAAGGAACAUCAAGAAACCUGUUCAUUUGCUUGAUAUUACAAUGCUCUCUCAAUUAAGAAAAGAUGCACAUCCUAGCACUUACAAUGACUUCAACGGCAUGGAUUGCACCCACUGGUCGUUGCCGGCCUCCCCGAUACAUGGAAUCUACUUCUGUAUGCAGCUCUCAUCAAAUAGCAGAGAAAUUUGGUUCAGGCACUAG